GUAAUUCGAGUGACAGGUUUUAUGAAAGGACUUUACACGGAUUUCGAAUUGAAAUCAGAUAACAUUAAGGAUAAAGAUGCCAAAAUCAACUUCCUUCAGAAGGCGAUUGAUGCUGUUGUGAUGGUAACAGGAGAGCCGCUGUCAGUAAAACCAGCACGUGUUGUGGCUGGACACGAACCUGAAAAAACCAACGAAUUUCUUCAAGCAAUUGGGAAGUGUUGCUUAAAUAAGCUGUCCAGUGAUGUUGCUGUAAAAAGGAUAUUAGCCGGAGAGAGAGCUGAUGCUAAAGGGAAACCACCAUCCUCUAAAUCUCAAGAUAAAGAAAGCAGAGAAUUCAAAACAGAAGUUCAAAAAAGCCAUAAAGAGGGUAGAGGAGACACUGAAAUUAAAGACAGAAGCUCAAGCAAAGACAGAAAACCCAAAGGAGAUUUGAAAGAGAUCAAAGAAAGAGAAAAGGAAAGUGAUAAACAGAAGGAUAAUGAAGACAGGCACAAAGACCCUGAAAGAGACAACCUUAAGGAAGGAGAAAAACAAGAAAGGGAAAGAAACAAAAGCAGAACAACCAAGCAAGGAAGAGAAACAGAAAAAAACAAGGGAAAAGGAGAAGAUAAUAUCGAGCGUGAUAAAGGACAAGAAAGAGAGAAAAAAAAUGAAGGAGGAAGAGAAAAGGAGAGGCUAAAAGGAAGGGACAAAGAUAAGGCUAGGGACAGAGAACGAGAGAAAGACAGAGAUAGAGGAAAGGAUCGGGAAAGGGAUAGACAGAGGCACAGAGAAAAAGAUGGAGAGCAUUUGAGAGAACAUGGAAAGGAUAAAGAAGAGAAGAAGUCUGCAGAUUCUCAGGAAUCCACGCUUAGAAGAACACAGAGGCCCACUAAAGACAACAGUCGCCAGCCAGAUAACGAGAGUGAAAGUCCUGCAGGAGUAUCAAGGCAGCCUUCAACAAAAGGAUCAAGGCAACGUGCCAGACCCAAAGGAGAAGGAACCGUGGAAACAAAGAGUGUGGCAGAUAGGAUUUCAGAGGACAGUGCUGCUAAACUGCAAGAGCAAGCUGAACCAGUGCUUGCAGUAAACCAGAAAGAAGGAGAAGCAGAGAAUGUGGCUCCUGAAAAGCCUGCAGUGUCUGAAAAUGGUGAAGUACCUAAUGAUCUUCCACCUCAGCCCAUCCAAAGACAUAUUCCCCGUCCUCUCAGUGCAAGACCAGCACCGCCCCGAGUAAAACGUCAAGAAAGCGCAGAGGUCUUAAUUCCAGAAAGGAGUGGUAGUGGUAAAACCGUCUCAAACGUGAUCAUAGACCAGCAGAUUUCUGAUGAUGAUGAUGACCAGUUUGUGGUGGAGGCAGCACAGCCACUGCCAGAAAUGCCAGAAAAGGAAAUGGAGCCAGAAGUGGAGCUGGUUGAGGAUGAAAAACAUGGUGGGCUAGUAAAAAGAAUCCUAGAAACAAAGAAAGAUUAUGAGGCAUCACAGAAAUCAUCAACGAUGACAGAGAGG